AUGGCAGAGUUAUGGGGCAAAGAAGAGGGAUAUGAUCCUGAAGCAGAUGGUUCCAUUAUGGUAUCAAGAUUGGCGUACAAGGUUCAACCCCGUUACCACUUUGCUGGCUUGGGAGGAACUCAUUAUGAAAGGUUGCCAUACAGGAAUCACAAAGUACUGAAUGAGCCUACUCGCCAUGUUACCCGCUUCAUAGGUUUGGCAAAGGUGGGAAAUCCAGAAAAACAAAAGUGGUUGUAUGCCUUCAAUAUUACCCCAAUGGUUCAUUGUGAUCCGAGUGAAUUAAACAAGCAGCCUCCUGAUGUAACUGAAUGUCCAUAUUCAGAGGGCAGUGUUCCCCAACAGAAAAGUCAGGUUAGUGCAAAAAGCAGUGGAGCCCAGUUCUUUUAUGACAUGAAUGCCAAAUUUGAUGAUGAUGAUGGAAGAAGGAAAAGGAAAGGAGACAGUGACAUGGGGGGUGAGAGAAAGAGGGUACCUCCUAAACCAACUGGUCCAUGUUGGUUUUGUUUAGCAAGUCCUGAAGUUGAGAAGCAUCUGGUUGUGAGUGUUGGUAAUCAUUCUUACGUUGCAUUAGCCAAAGGGGGUCUUGUUGCCCAGCACCUUUUGAUUCUUCCCAUUGCACACUUUCAGAGUACAUCAGAUCUUGAUGAUGAUUGUAGAGAAGAUCUUCAAUAG